AUGUCUGAGAGACAUGUUCAUUUUGCCACUCCAGUCUCUUCGGAGGCUGGCGACUCACUCACUCCAGAUGCUGGUGACAUAUGGACUAGCAUCAUGUUCAAUUCUAAUCCCACUCAAGAUCAUGGUGUUGUAUCAAAUGACUCCCCGGUAGAGCCACGCCCCGCAUUGCAGGAGGACCCCAUUGAUUGGUGGGGCACAUAUGUCCCUUUAGAGUCCUAUGAAUAUCAGGUUGAUUCUGUAGGAAAGCAAGAGAAAAAUUACGAACUAUGUUUUAAUGGUGACUUUGAUGAAGUCACAAGCAUGCUGUCAGACAUGUAUGUUGUAGAGUUGCUCCACAUGCCCAACUUUUUGACAGCCCGGCAUUCCUGGUCAAUGCGAGACAUUGGUUUGUCACUGGCCGUCCAAACAUCGGCAGAAGGCUGCACAAGACCGGAAGAAGAUCUGGUACAAUUGACCACAAGAACUCACACCGUCAAUGACGAUAUUGAAUCAACGCUCCCAACAUAUCAUCCCUAUGAUUGUGGAUGGGAUGAUACCAUUUCAAAUCCUUCAGUUUCACCUGAAGAAUCGUCGCCGAUGGAUCCGUACGAUUGUGGAUGGGAGGAUGACAUCAAUGUUACAUCCCAGGAAACAAUCAUGCCGUUAGAGGAAAUAUUAACGGAUGUAAGAUCAAACGGAGCAAAUCCGACUGAAUUGUCCUACCGUCCUAGCGACAACAUGCCAUUUCCUAUGGAUGCUCCGAUAAUCAAUGAGACGGUGCCCCUGAACGAGUCAUUGACAGAAGAUCUAUAUGACUGUGGAUGGGGCGAUAUUGUGACUGCUGCAGCCAUACAAGCAACAGAUGAAAAUCUCACAGCUAAUGCAGACAUUGCGGCUGAGUCAUCAUAUUCCAAGGGCGAGAUGAUCGCAUCUGCUGCACCGGCAAAUGAUCCUUACUAUGUCGGAUGGGAUGAUCCUAUGGACGACAGUGAACCUGCAGAAAUUGCUUUGAUGGCCGAUCCGUAUGAUUGCGGAUGGCAGGAUGGCACAGUUCUGGAACAUGAUAUUAUGCCGGGAGACCCUACUGACGAUCCAUAUGACUGUGGGUGGGGUCCAUCCAUGAAUGUUGAGACCCAAUAUCCAGCAAUGAUGGAGGAAGAGGUUGCAAAUAAUGAUGUCGACGACGGGCAGAUGGCUGGCAUGGUGCUUUCGGGCGCUGGCAUGGAAAGCAGGGAUGACCUUUAUGAUUGUGGGUGGGAAGAUCCGAUGGAGGGACCAACCAUCAUGCGGCUAUCGGUGGACCGGACAUUCUACGUGGAAACAGAUGUCAUUAACCUUACGUCUGAAUCAGCCAGCCGAUCGGUGGACCGGACAUUCCAUGAGGAGACGGAUGUCUUUGACCUUACGUCCACAUCAGACAACCAAUCGGUGGACCAGACAUUCGGUAAGGAAACAGAUUUCCUUGACCUGAUGUCUACAUCAGCCAAUUCAGAGAGAUCCAUGUCUCCAACCGAACCCAACACAUUCCAAGAGGUGGGAGAGUCCAUGCGCCGCGCGAUCCGACAGCUCAACAGCAUAGGACAUAGUGACUUCAAUAGAUAUGUUCGCAACAUUGUCGCACCAGGGGAUGGACUUGUAUAUGACUCACGACCAGGACUCACAUUCAUGGCCAACCAGAAUUUGUUUGGUGCAUAUGCUGAGGCAAGAGAUCGGGUAACCAACCUCGGGGCUGACAUCAUAAACAUCCAUCGUUUACUCAACAUUCACCGCCGGAUCAUGUACCCACUAGAUGCGAUGAUAACCAGAGUGGAGCAGGAGAGGGAUAGUAUGCUAUGA